AGGGCCCUUUAGUUCUCUUAUAUAUUUGAAUUGUAUUUUAUGACAGUCAUCUGAGCUGAAUAUACUGGAUCUAUUUUACUUCUGUGAGCAUCAAUCGUUAUUACAGGACUAAUAUCAAAUUAGCACCUUUAUCAUAUUAUUAAGUACAGGUGCUACAAAAUGAAGUUCAGAGUUUUGUCUGCCUUUUUUCUCCUCACAUUUGCAAAUGGAACAUGGGAAUAUGAUCAUUUUAUUCACCAGGAUUCUUUGCUAUUUGCUGAACUUGGAAGCAGUGUAAUUAUACCCUGCUCUCACUCAGACGACUAUAUAAAUAGUGUUUUAUGGUAUAAGCAUUCUAUUGGAAAGAAACCACUUCUUAUAGCGCAUUCAGAACAUGGCUCUGGAAGCGUUACAUAUCAAAAUGGCUUUAACAUUACAAAUCGAUACUUUAUCAGAUCUGAACCUGACUCUUUUAAUUUGACCAUCAUACACUUGGAAGAAUAUGAUUUUGCAACCUACUAUUGUGCUGUGAGUUUCUUGAACAUGAUUACAUUUGGAGAAGGGACAAUUCUUCUACAUAAAGAGAGUGAUGGAAUGAGAAGGACCACGGUUCUCCAGCAGCCUGUAUCUGACAGACUUAAUUCAGGAGAUUCAGUGACUCUGCAGUGUUCGGUCAUCAGUCAGAUCUGUGCAGGAGAAUACAGAGUCUACUGGUUCAGACAUUCAUCAGGACAUUCUGAUCCAGGAAUCAUUUACACUCAUGAUAACAGAAGUGAUCAGUGCAUGGAGAAAUCAGAGAGCAGCUCUUCUAUCCAGAGCUGUGUCUACAGUCUCUCUCAGACUGAACUCACACCAUCUGAUGCUGGCAUUUAUUACUGUGCCGUUGCCACAUGUGGGAAGAUACACUUGGGAAAUGGAACUAAAGAUAUAUUUGGUUUGGAUGAAAAACAUAUAGUACUACACUAUCUUCAGUCGACAAAUUGA